AUGAAGUUGAUUUUCCUCAGUGCUGCUAUCGUAAGCGUCACGUUCGCCGCUUCAGAUGCUUUGAAAAAGUCAUGCUGUGCCUCUUUAUCCAAUGCUCUUUCUUCAGAAACUCUCUACGUUCAAGAUCAGGGGUACAUCGAAUCUUUGAAAUCCUACUGGACAACCCAGGAAUCAGCACUUAAGCCAAGCUGUAUCGUCAAGCCUCAGUCCACCGAUGACGUCGCGACUGCUGUCAAACUUUUGGCAAAAUUAGAUUGUUCUUUUGCGAUCCGCGGCAAUGGUCACACAGCCUGGGCAGGGAGCGCUAACAUCCAAGAUGGUGUAACGAUAGACCUUCGCUCCAUCGAUCAGAUCAAGGUUGGCUCCAAUGGGUCCCCCACCCAAGUUGGCACAGGUGCAACAUGGGGAGAUGUUUAUGGAACACUGGAUCCUUUGAAUCUUACUGUCAUUGGCGGUCGCGCUUCUCUGGUGGGUGUCAGCGGAUUGACCCUCGGUGGUGGUAUAUCCUACUUGUCUCCUCGCUACGGCUUCGUCUGCGACAAUGUUGAAAACUACGAGAUCGUCCUUGCCUCAGGCAAAAUCACCAACGCGAACGCAAACCAGAACUCUGAUCUAUUCCGAGCUUUGAAGGGUGGCUCCAACAAUUUUGGCAUUGUGACACGCUUCGACUUGAGGACAGUCCAAUUGGGCCAAAUGUGGGGCGGUCAGGUGGUGUAUAACGUCUCACUUGUUCCACAAGCACUCAAAGCUUUCACUGACUUCAAUGCUGCUAACCCUUACGACGAGUACGCGAGCACCAUCCAGAGCGUAGCAUUUGACUCUACAUUUGGACUAGUUGCUGUAAAUUCUUUCCAAUAUACGGCACCGGUUGUAAAUCCACCAGCAUUUGCGGGCUUCGAUGUCAUCCAACCUCAGCUGAGUUCUACCUUGCGCAUCACGACGUUGAAGGAUAUCACGGAUGAACAGGGAGCCUUCUCACCUGCCGGUUUCAGAGAUCUCUACACAACUAUAACAUUCCGCAACGACCUCCCCUUCCUCACCUACGUCUACAACACCUGGAAAUCGACUGUCACAUCUAGCAUAACCAGCAUUCCGAACCUCAACUACGCGAUCACAUGGCAGCCUAUUCCUCCUGCCAUUACUUCCAAAUCCGUCCCCGCUACCUCUUCCAACUCCUAUUCCAACCCCAACCGCGACACAGGCAAUUCUCUCGGUCUCGAGAACUCCAAAACUCCGCUCAUCCUCUGCAGUCUCUCGAUCAAAUGGGAGCGCAGCACUGAUGAUGCAGUGAUCGAGUCCACAGCGAGGAAUUUUAUCGAACAAAUCGGCAAGGCGGCCAGGGAGAAGGGCGUGGAUAAUGAUUUUCUUUAUCUGAAUUAUGCGCUCAAUGGCCAGGAUCCAAUCCGAGGGUAUGGUAGAGAGAAUGUGGAGAGGUUGAAGAAGGCGAGCAGGCAGUAUGAUCCCAACGGCGUGUUUCAGAAGCAAGUGCCUGGGGGUUUCAAGUUGCCUUUUUGA